GCAUCUAAUCGCUUCCUGCCAGUGGCCCAGCGUUACUCAACUUCCUACCUUCUGCACAGCCUGCACAGCCCCAGCCCCAGGACUGCAGACAGCGCUGAGAGGAACAAGCUCUGGUCUACCUCCAACCACAGCUCCCGGUCCCAUGGCGUCCCCCUUCCCCACCAGGAGCUGGGGGCAGCUUUCCGGCAACGCCACCUCACCCGUGGCCAACAACAGCACCACGCCCACCUCCAACGUCCUCGCCCAGAUCUCGGUGGCCAUCUUCGUGGUCUCCUCCCUGCUGGGCAUGGCAGGCAACGGGCUGGUGAUCUGGGUCACCUGCUUCCGCAUGCGCCGGACGAUCAACUCGAUCUGGUUCCUGAGCCUGGCGCUGGCCGACCUGCUCUACUCCCUGCUGCUGCCUUUCUACGCCGCCAAGACCGCCGCGGGCAAUCAGUGGGCCUUCGGCAACUUCCUCUGCAAAGCCGUCAACUCCCUCCUCUUCCUCAGCAUGUUCGCCAGCGUCUUCCAGCUGACGCUCAUCUCGGCCGAUCGCUGCCUGCUGGUGGCCCGGCCCGUCUGGGCCCAGCGGUUCCGCACCCCGCGCUUGGCCUGGGGGGCGGCCGCCGUGGCGUGGCUGCUGGCCGGGGCUUUCUCGGCCCCCUACCUGGUCUUCCGGCAGGUGACCUGCCGGGGCGAGCGCUGCUUCUGCAUCAACAAUUUCGGGGAUGAGGCGACGAGGGUGGUGCGGCAGCAGGCCCUGAUCGUGGUGCGGUUCGUGGCCGGCUUUCUGGCGCCGCUGCUGGUCAUCACGGCCUGCCACGUGGUCGUGAUGCUGCGGGCCGGGCACCGGGGCCGCCGGCCCAACCGUACGGCCAAGGUGGUAGCUGCCGUGGUGUUGAGUUUCUUCCUCUGCUGGCUGCCCUACCACGUCUUCAACUUCCUGCACAGGUCGCCGAGAAACCGUGCGGCCUUCCAGGUGGGCUCCUCCCUGGCCUUCAGCCUCACCUGCCUGGGCUGCUUCCUCAACCCCCUGCUCUACGCCUUCCUGGGCCGCCGCUUCCAGGAGGGGCUGCGGGGCAGCAGCCGCGCCCGCUGGCUGGAGGCCGCCAUGGCCGAAGACUCGCUGGGCUCCGGCAGCGGGCGCCGGAGCAACCGCUCGCUGGGCUCCACCACCUCCUCUGAGCUGCGGAUGAUGCAGCCGUGA